UCAAUAGAAAAAAGGUCAAUAUAAUAAUAAUAAAAAAAAGCCAAAGAGGAGCUUAUAGAGCUCACGAGCUUCAGUUAGCAGACAUCAAGGACCAGGUGCAUCCUUUCCUUUUGAUUCCCUGAAUCAGACAGUUUCUUCAUUUUAUUUUUUGGUUUUGGGGUUUGAAAUUGAAAGAUUGGAUCCGGAAAUGGAGAGGAGCUUCAAUCUCCUCCACAACCUGAAUCUUGACCUCAAGAGGUACCGUUAUUGGGGAUGUUCAUGCACUUCACAGUUUCCGUUGUUUUCUUUUUCAUUAUCUCUCCACUUGUCCUUGAAUGCUGGAUUCUCUCGGCUUCUUUCAACUGAACUUGACUAUUUCUCCGCCUUUCAGAUAUUACUCAUAAUCCACACUUUAUUGCUUUUUCCGUUUCAUUUUUUUUUUAUAAAAAAUGUUUAUUUUAAAAUUAUGCAGUAUAUUGAAACAAACACUUUUUAGUUUUUAAAUUUAGGAUGCGUUAAGAAGUUAUUGGUGUUUUUUUGUGUGAUUUUCUUUGUUCGAGGGAAUGAUGUUUGGGAUUCGAAGGAAGAUAAGUUGGGCUUUAAUUUAGCAUAUGUGGCAUGUAAUGGUUUAGAAUUCUGAGUUUCGUGUAGUACAGAAAAGAGCUAUGGGCAGUAGAAUUGGAAUUCCUUGUGAAGUAUGUUGUUGUCCUUGUUGAGUAGGCGCUCAUUGGAGGUUGAUUCCAGGGAUGCCUAUGGAUUUGCUUUGAGACCUCAACAAAUUCAAAGAUACAGAGAAUAUUCUAGUAUCUACAAGGAGGAGGAAGAGGAAAGAUCGACUAAAUGGAAGGAUUUUCUUGAACACCAAGCAAAAUCUGUUCUAUUCUACUCCUCUGCAGAGAAAUUUAGCGAGGUUUCACAGGUCAAAACUACUGAGGAGAAGGAAGAGGCUGUCUUACAAAGGGGAAGGGAGGGGGAUGAUUCAGGCUGCAUCAUAUCUGAUUGUGAUGUUUCAACAGAAUGCAAUACUGAAAAGGAGGUGCAGCUUUCAAAGGGAGCCAAGGAGGAGGUACAGCUUUCGGAACUACCUGGGAAGGAGGUACAGCUAUUGGAAAGACCUGUUAAGGAAUUCCAGCUUGCAAACACCCAUAGGAAGCAGGUGCAACUUUCUCAAGAAUCUGAGAAGUCAGCACAACUUUCAGAAGAAUCUGAGAAGGACAAGAUACAUUCAAAAGCAACAAAGACCCAUAAGAUUCAAACUUGGGCUCAGGUCAGACCAUCCGUACAUAUCAUUGAGAAUAUGAUGAGUUGUUGUGUUAAGAAAAGACAGAAAAUGAAGGAGGGGCAGAUAAGUGCCAGUCGAGACCAUCUUCCAUCAAUAAAUGAGAUAGGAACUUCAGGAGGGGACUCUGUGGAGGAUGUUGACCAUGCAACUGUUAAGAAAUCAGAGGACAAUGUUGUGGGUAAAAUGGUCUCUUCAGAAACUUUGUUUUCAUGGAAGGAAGAACUGGAAUCUCUUGUUCAUGGAGGAGUACCAAAGGAUCUCAGAGGAGAGGUAUGGCAAGCCUUCGUUGGCGUGAAGGCACGUCUAGUGGAGAGCUAUUACCAGGAUUUGCUGGCCAUAGAAAGUAAUGUUUGUGAAAGCAAAGAGCGCAGUAACUCAUUUCGUGUACCGGGGAAAUUUCAAAAGCAGAUUGAGAAGGACAUACCCCGGACUUUCCCGGGUCAUCCUGCUUUGGAUGAGGAUGGCAGGGAUUCCUUGAGGCGUUUACUCAUAGCUUACGCUCUCCAUAACCCUGCUGUUGGUUACUGUCAGGCCAUGAAUUUCUUUGCUGGUAUACUGCUACUUCUGAUGCCCGAGGAAAAUGCAUUUUGGACUUUGGUGGGCAUUAUGGAUGACUAUUUUGAUGGCUACUACACAGAGGAAAUGAUAGAAUCUCAGGUGGACCAACUUGUUUUUGAGGAGUUGAUGCGUGAAAGAUUUCCUAAAUUGGUUAAUCAUCUGGAUUACUUGGGAGUGCAGGUAGCAUGGAUUUCUGGUCCCUGGUUCCUUUCCAUUUUUGUGAAUAUGCUUCCUUGGGAAAGUGUUCUCAGAGUUUGGGAUGUGCUUCUAUUUGAAGGAAAUCGUGUUAUGUUAUUCCGGACAGCACUGGCUCUAAUGGAGCUAUAUGGUCCUGCAUUACUUACUACAAAAGAUGCUGGAGAUGCAAUUACAUUAUUGCAGUCCCUUGCUGGCUCAACAUUUGAUAGCAGCCAGCUUGUGUUUACUGCUUGCAUUGGUUUUUUUGCUGUAACUGAAAAGAGACUGGAAGAGUUGAGAGAAAAACAUCGACCAGCUGUUUUAGUGGUGGUUGAGGAAAGAUCAAAGCAGGGUCGAGUCUGGAAGGAUUCAAAAGGGCUCGCAUCUAAGCUAUAUAGUUUCAAGCAUGAUUCAGGAGUGGAAGAAGUAUUUAAUAGUGUAGAGUCUGAUGGUGUUCUUGCUGAUGGUGAUAAAUCUCGCCCUGAGACUCGCUCCUCUAAUCUAGAUGAAUUGCUUAGUGGCCUGACUGUUGAUUCAGAAGUAGAUUCUCUGCCAGAUCUUCAAGAACAGACAGCUUAUGUGCAGGUGGUGUGGUUGAAGGUUGAGAUGUCCAAGUUGCUGGAGGAAAAACGAUCUGCGGUACUCAGAGCUGAGGAGUUGGAGACAGCACUUAUGGAAAUUGUCAAACAAGAUAAUCGACGGGAAUUGAGUGCCAGGAUUGAGCAUUUGGAGCAAGAGGUAGCUGAGCUACGACAAGCUCUUGCUGAUAAAAGAGAACAGGAAGCGGCUAUGCUCCAGGUUCUGAUGAGGGUAGAGCAAGAGCAAAGGAUAACUGAAGAUGCUCGUCUUAGUGCUGAGAAAGAUGCAGCUGCUCAGAGAUAUGCAGUACAUAUGCUUGAGGAAAAAUAUGAGAAAGCAACGGCUCAACUUGCUCAGAUGGAGAAAAGGGUGGUUAUGGCAGAAUCAAUGUUGGAGGCCACCUUGCAGUACCAAUCUGGCCAAGCUAGAGUGCAAUCUUCUCCACGGUCUGUCCGCAAUCAAAGUUCCGGGGUGGAAAGCCCAAGAAGAAAAACAGGUUUGCUGGCAUUUGGACUAGGUUGGCGAGACAAGAACAAGGGAAAACCGAGUAAUGCUGAGGACUCGGGGGACAAGUCCGUCAAUGAUGAAAAGGAUUCAAACAUUGCAUAGAAAGAAACCAACCAUCAGAAGAAGGAAACAUCGUGAGGAAUUUGGUUUUGACCUUUAUCUGAUGACUGAUGCAAUCUUGAAAAUCGGACUCAUUUUGCCAGAGUACAAGGUACCUUCCAUUUGAAAUUAAGCAUUCAUGAUGGUUAGGGGUUUGGGCGCUAUUAUCCAAAUCUAUUUUGAUUGCCCUUCCUCUUAGUCUUAGACAUUGGACUGCUGAUUUUUGUAUCGGGAUAACUAUUCCCUUCAAACUAUAUGCGUUGUCGUUUUUGGAGUUUUGCUCCAAUAAGAGAGAACUACUAUUGUAAUUAUCCGUCCAUAAGCAGCUAGUUAAUGAAUUAUAUUUGGAAAUAAGCUA